AUUUGAGGUGUGAGUUCAGAGCUGAGAGAGCUGGUGGUGUCUGGACCCGCCCUCCUGUGAAACUUCACUUCCUCUGCACGGCUCAUUUAGGUGUUACAAUGUUCAUCAGUUUCACAUUUACAAGACAAUCCACAGCUGCAGCACUCACACUGCACUCUAAUACCAUCUACUUUUUCUUUUCUUUUUACUUUUCUGUACUUACCAUGAUGCUAAGGGUUCACGCGUGUGGGUGGUCUCUUUUCUUCCUCACCGCUGUUAUUCCAGAUGUCCACCUCCAGAGAAAUGACCACUCUGUCCCGCCUGCCUCGGAGUUCUCCUCUGAGGUGCAGAUAUACCGGCCGGUGAUGCACCCCUCUGAGGGCGUUCCUCUAAUAGGGACCUACAUGUUGAAAAACCUUGUUGGGAAACCUUGUAUCAAAGCCACCAUGGGAGCAGAGUACAUUAUCAUUGAAAAGAAGAAGACUUGGUAUUUCAACCUGGACCCCUCCAGAGUCACAGCCGGUGGUUACUGUGGCAAAGAAGCUGCUGUUCUCUCUCUCACGCUGCCAGACAAUGCCGCCAGUCUGCAGUUCACCUUCAAAAAGGAAGAGAAUAUUUUCUACGUCGACAAAGUGACUGUUCACGUGUCUCCUCUGCCUGUCUGCCAAGGAUGUGCCAAUAAGACCUACUCAGGUUUGGUGGUCGAUGAAAAGCUGUUCGCAGCAGCUACUGGACAGAGCUUCAAGUGCAAAUCUGAGAAUCUGCUUUUGAUGUCAUCAGAGCUGAGGAUCAAGUUGGUCCGUCUGCAGAUGCAGGCCUUCAAUCUGACCCAAGGACAGUACGGAAAAGGGGUGGAGUGUUGGGCCGACUUUAGCGAGCGAGCUAUCCCCAUCAUAGUCGGGGCCACGGUGGUGGGUCUCAUUCUGAUCGCUGUGCUGACCUUCCUGUUCAUCAGAGACCGCCGCCGCAGAGAAGGAUAUGACAGGCUCUGAAAACUGGGUGAAGAUAUACUCCGUCUGAUAAGAUUUUUCAUAAUUUAGGCCUUCUUAGUGUUACAAAAAGUUCUUAAAAGUGCUCACCUUAACUUGAAAGUCUUUUUUUGCUCCUGGAAUUCUUCUAAUAAUAGAGAAGAGGUCUGAUAUGUCUAUUAAUAUAACUAUAAAUGCAAACAAUGUUGUUACUUUUAUUUAUUUGACUAGUCUUUGUUUGUUUGUUUUUAAAUAUAUUAUUUUCCAUCUUCCAUUCUGUUGUAUUUGAAUUAUAUUCUGCAUUUUAUUUCACUUUCAUUC